AGUCGACGUCGCGGCACCGCAGCCGCGUGACGUACUUCCUGUUUGUUGUUGGAGAAAGGAGAGAAAGGAAAGCGCGAGGACCAUCCGCCACCACCAGCGCAGCCGUGCCGGAGCCGCGAGGAGCCCCGGGCCGCCGCCCCCUCCCUCCUUCCCGCCGUCGGUCGUCCGCGUCCUCGGACCUGUUCCAACAAUUAUUUAAAACAUGGUUGAUUACUAUGAAGUUCUAGGCGUGCAGAGACAUGCUUCAGCCGAGGAUAUUAAAAAGGCGUACCGAAAACUGGCACUAAAGUGGCACCCAGAUAAAAAUCCUGAGAAUAAAGAAGAAGCAGAGAGAAAAUUCAAACAAGUAGCUGAGGCGUAUGAGGUGUUAUCAGAUCCUAAAAAGCGGGACAUCUAUGACAAAUAUGGCAAAGAAGGAUUAAAUGGUGGAGGAGGUGGAAGUCAUUUUGACAAUCCAUUUGAUUAUGGCUUCACAUUCCGUAAGCCCGAGGAUGUCUUCAGGGAAUUUUUUGGUGGAAGGGACCCAUUUAGAUUUGACUUCUUUGGUGUUCUAGGUGACUUCCAUUUUCAGGCCCUCAGGAUUUACACACAGGAGAAGAAGCUGCUUCAUGGCUACUACACGUAUGAGGUCACCGUGCAGCCUGCCUGCGGGUACGAGGAGAUGGCCAGUGAGGACUUGGAGCCUAGUGAAGACCUAGAGCAGCCGGCAGUUGAGACGGUGGAGGACACCGGGAGUGAAGAGGACAGUGAGGUGCUGGAGCUCAUCUCCAGCGAGGACCUGGAUGUGUCUAGUGAGGAUGAGGCCAGCGAGGGCCGCAGCGGGGGCCAGGGCGAGCCCCUCAGUGAGGAGCUGGAACCCAUUUCCAGCGAGGACGAGGCCAGCCUUGAGGAUGAGGGGGACGAGGGGGAGCUCAGCGAGGAGUGUGAGGAGGAGUGUGAGGAGCUGCUGAGUGAGGAGGAGCACAGUGGGUCGGAGCUGGGCCUGCCGGGCCUGCACCUCCUGCCACAGUCCAGUGUCACAGGGGCUAUGGGCUCUGUUUACAAGAAGGCUUACCUUACCUAGAAUGCAUCUAGAAUAAAGAAGUUUCUUUUCCUAGUGCCUUGAUGCCAUCAUUGGUCAGGUGACCGUAGUUACCUUGGAGAGAAGAUGCAGGGAACCAGAAAGGGGCGAUGUGUUCUGAAGCCCCAUGUUAGUGUCUCACCCCGUAGGCCAGAGAGCUCGGAGACCCUAGGAGCAGCGUUUUGUUCUCUCCUUUUCCUUGGGCUGUGGGAGGCUUAGAAAACUGAAACCUGUCAUGUUUCCAGUCCUAGAGGCUUAGCCUGCAAGCAGGUGGUGCCACAACCCACCCAGGCCUCUCCCAGCGGUUCUUCCCUGCAUUUGGAUGGGUUUUCCCUGUGU